AUGUCUUCGUACAAUGGUGAUGCACAGCCCGGUGGGGCAGCGAGUCUGCCGGGUGCAGUUGGAAUGUAUGCACUCUCAGUUGGCGUUGGAAAUCUAAGCAGGACUCUGCCCGAGCCCGUCUACGCCUUGCUGUCCGGCCUCAACGCUGCGACUGUCGGGAUUGUCGCGGUCUCUGCGGUACAACUCGCGGAAAAGGCUAUUCGUGACAAGAUAUCUCGCAUCCUGAUCAUCUUCGGUGCCUGUGCUGGUCUCUGCUAUAACGCGCUGUGGUAUUUCCCGAUGCUGAUGCUUGGUGGCGGUUUGGUCAUCGCUGUUUGGGAUGGAUGGCUCUAUUCCCAAGUCCAGAGGGCUAAGACUGCUUGGCGCAAUAGACACAAUUGUCCCACGGACUCGGAGGAGGCAAACACGACCCCGGUGGAGAUGGAGUCUAUUCAGCCCGUAGAAGCGGAGCGGAGUGAGACGGUACUCUCGAGGAAGAAGGCCAAUUCGGCCUCCUUCAUCGCACUCCUCGUCGCAAGAGGCCAACUAGCCACCACCCCCUUGGUGCUGGAUCUCUUCACAAGCAUGUACCUCGCUGGAACGGUAAUACUUGGUGGAGGCCCCGUCGUGAUCCCACUUCUGCGCUCCUACGUCGUCGCUCCAGGUUGGGUCUCUGGCCGAGACUUCCUCAUCGGCCUGGCCAUCAUCCAAGCCUUCCCGGGCCCAGAUUUCAACUUCGCUGUCUUCCUGGGCGCAUUGGCCCUGCAACACACGCAAUUUCCCGCGGUUUUUGGCGCAUUUAUUGGUUGA